AUGUUGACUUGUAAAACUUGUGAGCGCAUGUAUCAUCAUCAAUGUCUUAGCAUUUCAUCGACGCACUUUAAUACUUAUAAAUCAGAAUUAGAGCGUUUAUGGACUUGUCCUGUGUGUAGAGGAAAUACGGACGAAGCCACUGCGUCCCAGAUUCCGUCUGAAGUAAAUGUAUCGGGGCAAGAUAAUUCGGAAAUGAGUACCUCAAAUCUACAGACGUGCCCUGAGCAAGAGUUUUUCACGCCCGUUUCUUUGCAAGUUGAGAUGCGGGAAAUGAUUAAAAAUAUUAUAGUCCAAGAAACUCAGAAGGCCAUGAAUAACCUAUUGGAAAAUGUGAUGAAAGUCUUAAAUAAUAAGUUGAAUAGCUUUAGUGAGCGUCUUAAGACUUUCGAGUGCAAUCUUAAUAAAUUGGAUAUUAAUAAAAGUUCCUCUGGAUUAGAUAAGACGAUCGAGCAUUCACUUCAAUUACCAGGCAAUCUCACCGCUAAGUCUAAGCGGAAACAGCAGCGUAAAAAGUUUACUCCUACCACAACAGCUGACAACAUUGCACCUCCGGCUGAGCCGCAAAGUCAGGUCUCGUUCUCUCAAUUACAGGAUUCAGCCUUAACUUCUCAAGUUGGUAGUGCCUUUAAGCAGGUCGCUUGUAUAGGGGAUUGGACGGAAGUCAAGAGAAAGAAACCUCGACAAGCUUCACGUAUUGUGCAGGGAACAGCUCAAUGCAAUAUUUCCGGAUUGGAGGCAUCGGAGAAAAUUAGCUAUUUCCACUUAUUUUAUGUUAAAAAAGGCACUAGUGCCGAACAAAUUAGCAACCAUUUACAAAAUAUAGGCGGCAUUGAAAACUUCAACUGA